AGCUGUGCAGUGCAGCUGUGCAGCGCAGCUUACACCGGGGUGUGUUCGUCCGAUGAUGUAAUACAGAGGUGUUUGAGAAAAGCUCUCUUUACCCAUCUGUCAGGGCAACUGGGUGCUCUUAUUUCGACAUAGUGACCUGAGCCAGCAUCGAUAUGAAACUCGCGACGUUGUAUUCUCUGAUACUUUUGAUAGGAUUACCUAAGCCAGGUAAUCCAUCACUUACACUCGUUCUCAAGUUUCUUGCUGAAGAACUGCUGUCCUUUGCCUUCGACCAACUCCUAAACGAGUUAACACCUGGAGAUUCCUCUGCCAAUGAUGAUCUGGGAAGAAUUGUCAGCUCACUAUCAAGAAUUGAGAAAAAACUUCAAGACGUCAAAAUAUCGAUUGAAGAGUUGAAGGAUAUAUCCACACUUCAGGAAGCUGAAAAACUUGAAAGAAAGUUCUUGGUUUUGUUUCACCAAGCUGUGACAGUGACUACGGCAAUAAAUAAUCUAGGUAGCUUGGCUUCCAACUCUACUGGGCAACAUUUGCAACUUCAGACUGAAAUAGCUAACAUGAAGAAUAACCUGAAUAAGGUUCCUGAGAUGCUGGUUGAGCUUCAUUCGCUGAUUGUAGGGAACAGCAUAGUUUCUGGGAAACGCUCUGAGGGUUUGGGGUGUAGCUUUAUCCAGUUUACUCUCACAAAAUUAAAAACAAUCUCAUCCACUAUUUACAACCUUAGAAACACUCUGAAUCAAAUAAACAACUACAGAGAGUCCCUGAUGAGACUGCAGGUAUAUGCUUUCCAGCUCUACAAUGGCACUUGUAUUGACAGAGAAGUCCUAUGCCGUGUACAGUUGGAACAACUAGAUAAUCGUCUGACAGAUCAAAAUAAGCGUUUCGAAGAAUGCACUCCUCUGCAACUUGCUCAUCUCGGCCGAAAUCAAAAUCUCAACAACAUUUACAUCAUCCAUCCUGAAUCUAAACAAGUUCUCUUCAGCAAACAGCGAUCAUCAAUUAUUGUGGACGGUGUGAUGGACUGGGACAAGGUUGAUGAGUCACAAGACGCAGGACUGAAGUGCCCAGACGGAAACGACAGUGAAAUUUGGUCCCUCCAAAAUGCUGCCAUACACGGUAGAAGUGGAUAUUACCUGAAACAGAAGAGCGGCUGUUACUUAGGUUUUGAUCGUGCAUUUUUGAACUUUGAAAAGACUCUCCCUUUGGCUUGGACAGAAUCGGACAGAAUCGACAGAAAGGAAUUUCUAAUUUGUUUACCUCUGAACUCGUCUGAUGUCGCCAGAUUUAUUUUGCUCCCAUCUGCUGCAGAGAUCAACACGGACUAUGAAUUGAAAGAAGUAGAUACUGGCAAGUUCUUGAAUGUACAAGUGAGGAAAACAAGUAUUCAUUAUAAGAUAGAUCGCCGGCUUAUUUUGGUUCUCUUCCUGAGCUCACAGAAAUCUAAUUCGUGGAUGAUUGCUCAAGAUCAUGACAUGUCAUGUGCAGAAUCUGGAACUACAAAACCGGAUGAUCAAGACUUCGGUAAUUUAGCCAUCAUCAUAGGGCCAGUUGUGGCAGCUGUUUUAGUAGUGUGUGUAGUUGUAGCUGUGGGCAUCUACAAAUGCAGACAGAACAAAAGACAAUGAGUGAUUUGCAGUCAUCGCUGUUUGCCUACGCCCUCUUACAAAGGGAAACGUAUCUAAUCAUUUAUUGAAUUACGAAACCAUUGGUUCGAGUUAUGAAUGGAGCUAACUCUGCACACAGCUUGGAGCUAUGGUGUUUAGUUUCGUAUCGGAAAAAAACAACAUCGCUCUGACAAAGCGAUGAAAUUUAUCGUCCGUCUCUCAUCAUAAAAAUGCACACGUUAUUCUAUUUAGCGAACCAUUUCCAUCAAUACGAUCGCAUUGUGCUAUUGUAAGGCGUUUAGUCAAUAUUACUGAAUUGUGGGUCUCUUACUAACUGGUUACUUGAGUAAAUCAGAUGUGGACCACAUUUUACUGAUAGAAGUGCAUUGUGCAUUGAAGCAUCCUCUGAUGUCGACGUUUCAUUUCAUUGUUUCAUAUUGAUUAAAUAUGUGGUAGUUGUAAAGCAGUACUACAUUCGAUAUCACCAACAAACAUAUGCAUCAAAGUGAAAACAGAGAUAUGGGCCCACUUACUGGUAUCUCUCUAGAGAUUUGUGUUGGUCGUCCCACAUUCUAUUCCUUGAAAACAAACACAAGGACUGAACAUAUAUUUUCUAUCACACGUGUGUGUGACCUCAAGUUACUGUGUCUACAUAUAUACGACAUCAAUGUAACAACAAACUCGUGCAUUCAAUCACUUAUAACAAUAUUAUUAGUGAUCACAAUCGUAGUAUUUCUGGAAAAGCUGUUAUUUCCCACAACAGCGGACCUGCCACCCCACUGGAGGCCCAGCUUUGUUCCAUCUGUGAUGUGACUGAAGAUAACACAUGUUCUGACAGGCGGUCAUACCUACAUGUAUGAUAAAACCAGAUGUGAGCUUUUAAAACUUCAUAUUGUGUGACUAAUGGGAUCGGGUGGUCAGGCUCGCUGGCUUGGUUGACACGUCAUCGGUUCCCAAUUCCGCAGAUCGAUACUCAUGCUGUUGAUCACUAGAUUGUUUGGUACAGACUCGAUUAUUUACAGACCGCCGCAAUAUAGCGGGAAUAUUACUGAGUGCGGCGUAAAACUUAACUCACUCACUCACUCAUAUUGUGUGAUUUUUUAACCUAACUACGUCUGAAAAGCCAAUAUAUUUAAUGCAAUGAUGCGUAAUAAAAAAGAACAAAACACGUGAUAGCUGAUAUUUUAUUUGUAAUGUAUUCCAGAACAAAUAACCUUGUUAAAACUGAUUUCAGUAUAUAUACUGAACAACAUUAAAAACACAUUUGACUAAAAUGCACCGACGACGCUCAGAUAUCAUGGGCACAUUUCAGUUUGACGGGGAUAUUUCGUAUUAUAUGGGUGGUGCGUGUUUAAUGCUGUUCAGUAUAGUUGCUGUCCCGUUUCCACUGAUAUAUUUCAAUUGCAUUAUGUGUGAGUGUUUAAACAAUAGUUGAGUUAUCAUAUAUUAUACUCUGAUAAAUUACAUUUGCAUCUUGUAUGAUCCUAUAUGUAUGUAUGUACUUUAUAUAUUCACUUGUUUUGCUACAGUACUGGAGUGUUUGUAAACAUAACUGUAAUCAACUUACAGUGCAAUUCUUCUUCAAUCACGGUAACAUGGUUCUAGGUGUGCCUGUCAACUGACACAUGUGCAAACUAACCUAUAUGUAUUUGUUAUUGCAUGAUUACGGUUAAGUGGUGUUGAAGUUUGCAUUUUAUACAAUUGUUGUAUAUAUUUUCAUGUGUGCUGUACAUAUAUGUUUUUACGUUGUAUGUCUGCUUAUUCUUAUGGAGUUUUAACAACUUGUAUUUAUUAUGUAUGUAAAACCUUUCUCGUCACUGUAUGGCUGACAUUAAAAUAUAACGGACUC